AUGUCUUUCGGUAGACAUGCCUACCGGCAUGCGCUAAAACCCGCUGCUACUCCACCCCUCGAUCACCUCUGGAUCAGUGAUGACCUCCUCGCGGCAACCUUCCGCCGGUUUGCGAACGGUCAGCGUCGCCAUGGCAGCUGUGUUCCUGGACCUCUGGAGGCACGAAGACGCCUAGCUAAGCGAAGAAACACGGCUCUCGCAGGAUUCACAGGGUCAGCGGAGGAUAUUGCGUGUCUUUUCGGUCGCAAUGGGAGGGAACACAUGAAGUGGACCGACCACCCGUGGCAGAGAGCACAGCUCGAGACUCAGGGUACGCCUAACAAGGAAAACCUUCAGAUCCAAUUGAAUGCUUACCAUUUUGAAGAUUUGAGAAGUUACUCAGUAGCCACCGCCGAGGCUUCCUUGCCGUUUUAUGACCAGAAUACCGAACCCGCCGACACCUUCUCCGAUAACCCCCAACCCUCUUCCCACGAGUCGACCCCCGCUUCUCGAGCUGGCCUUCUAGAUGACUUUCUGGAGCAAAAAAAUUGGGGGCUUGAAGAUACCAGGGACUUUGCGCGUCAAUUGAGGAUUGAUCUUCAACGCGAACCCAAAUACAGCCGACAGAUCUUCGACAAACUGCUAUCACGUUCGACCACAGACCUGAAGCACGCAAUUCAAUUUCUAGAUGACCCGUUCCUGAACACGCGAGGCUCUGGGAAUUAUUUUGCUGCCGUGAGCUUGUUUGUGCAAGCUAAAAACAAGCGAUCAGCCCGAACCGCCGUGCUGAACUCGGUUUGUCGGGCCCUUGAAUUGGGUCUCGUCCCAACAGACGAGCUCUGUCUUAUCGUCGAAGCUAUACCCAAAAUCAUCGUUGAGCGAAACCAAACUCUUGGAGAAUGGGACCAGAAGGCAUUGUUGAAGCAUUACCGGUCUAUGUGGAAGGCCAUAGGUCGCUGCACCAUUCUUGGCUACCAUGACUUGGAAAGAGAGCUCGUUGACGUCUGGCUUGCCGAGCUUGUGAACCUGCGCAGCUUGCGCUUCGCUGAGGAAGUUGUUGUCGCCACCCACGACGCGAGCUCCGAUAGUCGCUGGCCUGCGACCUUAGUCAUGGCGCAACUAGAUGAGCUUGAAAUGACCACGUCUCUGCCGACUUUCUAUCAGAUGCUGAGCCAACUGGAUGCCGACUGUGCCGCCAAGUGUAUUGUCCAAGUCACAGAGUCCUUAGCGCUGCCUGGCACACCAAUCCAGAGUCGAUACCAGUUGCUAGAUCGAUGGCGACACUGUCUGUCGAAUUUGUCAAAUCUUCCGGCUCUUGCAAACUCGCAAGUAUGGCUUGAUUUGCCAUUUGCCUACAAUGAGGAUACCUCAAAGACAGAGCAAGCUCCCCGGAUUCUGCCUGUACAGCAGGAAAUCAUCCUUCGCCUGUGGGCGUUGCGAACAUUAAGUCGGUCCCUGGGGCCUAUGUACCACCAAGGUCCCCGGCCUACUGACAAACCGAUUUAUUUCCUGCUCGGAUUAUACGAAACAUCCACGAAGAGUACGGAUGGAUCUUUCUUGUCGGACCUGAUGCGUGGUAUUCACACUUUGAACCUCCCGUAUAGCAGUUUGCUUCUGCUUGCGGUGAAUAUCAAAAUGAAGAAAAAUAUCACGAAGAAUGCUCGCAGAACACUCGAGAAACUGGAAACCUCGCAAGUUUCCCUAACAGAUGUCUGGGCGGAUCCAUCGACUUACAAUGGCAUUCAAGCCCUGUUCCACGGCACAUUUGAGCAGAUGUUCCGCCGCCUUGACAUCACAAGCCCGGAGUCUGCGGAGGAAUGUUUACAUCUUGCCAGAGUAGGAGAUUCAAAGAGCAUUUGGUCUGUUUUGAGACUGCUACGCAACCACACGCCUUUCAAGCUCUGCCUCAACAAAGCUUGGGUGCCUCUGCCCCACCCUGAUGAGAAGGCCCUUGUGCGCUAUCACGCCGGUCCUCGGGAUAGUCAGAGCCCCGAUCCUUACGCUGCGGUUGACUUUGUCCACCGUCUAGCUGUUGCCAUUUCCUGCUCCAACAACUUGACUCCCUCUCGGUCUUUUCAUCUCAUUCAUCUUUUGUAUGACUACCUGCGCCGACACGGUGGCCCCGUAUACCCAUCGUUGGUUCAGGCCAUGUAUCAUGCCGGUGUUGUGCGAUAUCGUCGUGAAGGGCGUCGUGUGUCGCCCACGCAGUACGAGUACAUACUCUGGAUUGUCAGCAAGUUCGAAGGACGUGAGGUUGCCAGACAAUUGAGAGCGCCAGCGCAAAUUGGGUUGGGAAAACCUGAUCAGUGGGAUGACUUUUAG